CAGAACAGACCCAAGGUCUUCCAAUUGCAGUAGCUACACUAGCCAAUUCGACAGACAGUCAUGCAGCAUCCACAUCCCAGUGACCAGCCCACCUACAUGCCGGAGGUUCCAUUCCAGCCGCUUUGGGGUCAGGAGGCUCCUCCGCCGCCCAUAGUUCCCUACCAGGAGCUCAUUGCUGGGUUUCCCUGCACCGAUUUGUCUCUGUGGCAACGAUCGCAGGUUACACCUUUGGUACCCCAACUUUCAUCCUCAAAUGGCAGAGCCAAUGGAUCCUCCAGCUCCUCGAAGAAGACCCGUCGUCGGGUGGCCAGCAUGGCCCAAAGAAGAGCUGCCAAUAUCCGCGAACGCCGACGGAUGUUCAACCUGAACGAGGCCUUUGACAAGUUGCGCCGCAAGGUGCCCACUUUCGCCUACGAAAAACGACUUUCCCGCAUCGAAACCCUUCGUCUGGCCAUCACCUACAUCGGAUUCAUGGCGGAGCUGCUCAGUGGCACGCCCUCCAAUUCCCACAAGUCCCGGUCGGAAGUCUAUGGCAGCAUGAAUGGACACCAUCAGGCGCCACCUCCACCGAUUCAUCCGCACCAUUUGCAUCCCGCGGCGGCCUAUCAACGCGACUUUGCCUCGCCCUAUAAUCACAGUUUAACGUAG